ACGGCUGAAAUUUUGAAUCGCACUGACCCACAUGGGCUUCCGUAGCUGCCGACUGAGUAACGAUGGCUGUUUGGUUGUGGUUUCGCUGCCUGUUCGGGCCCAGUUUGUACCGGAUCCAUCGGCCACAGGACUCCUCCAGACCCGACAGCAGAACCGUAAGGAGGGGUUGGGAUUACCAGCCCAGAGGUUUGGAAAGACACACGGACAGUAUCCUUGGUUGGGCUUCAGUGCUGUGGUCCCUGUCUUAUUACAGCUCGCCCCUCAUUCUCUGUUAUCUCUACAGGAAAGGUUACAUCUGCAGCAGUAAGUUCAUUCCUGUCAGCCAGUACAUCGGCACCGUGCUGGUUUGUUUACUGGGAGUAGCGUGUCUGAGAGGCUGGGGUCGCUGGAAAAACACUGAGUAUCACCAGUUCAUCACCAUUCUGGAGGAGACCAAGAAGAACCACACAAGCAGCAACAAGAAAAAACUUGCUAGUUUUGACUUCAACUUCUCGCACUGGCCAGUAGAUUUCAGCUGGAAUGAAGUCAGCAAUCCGAAGUUAUUGAAGGCAGGAGUUUCCUUGCUGAAGCCAGAGCCAAAGCACAGAGGAGCAGCAGACAGUCUGCUGAGUUCAGUACGAACACUGCCAUGCCAUGUCGUCAGCUAUCUUGUGGCUCACUCGUUUGGCCGGAGGAUGCUGUAUCCCGGCUCUGUGGGUUUGCUGCAGAAGGCCAUGAGGUACAUGCUGCAGCAGGGACAGGCCAAGCUAAUCGAAGAGUAUGACGGUCAGAGAAACAAGCUGGUGGCGUGUGACGGAAAUAAAAUCGACACCAUGUUUGUGGACCGGAGAGGAAACGGAGGCCCAAACGGGAAAACUCUGGUGAUAUGUUGCGAAGGGAACGCAGGCUUCUAUGAGGUUGGCUGCAUGAACACUCCACUGGAUGGUGGCUACUCAGUCCUCGGCUGGAAUCACCCAGGAUUCGCAGGCAGUACUGGUGUGCCGUUUCCUCAGAACGAGGCGAACGCGAUGGAUGUAGUGAUCCAGUUUGCUGUGCACAAACUGGGGUUCCAGUUGAGCGACAUUAUUUUGUAUGCCUGGUCGAUAGGGGGCUUUACAGCCACUUGGGCAGCGAUGUCAUACCCCGAGAUCCGCGCGCUGGUUCUGGACGCCUCCUUUGACGACCUCCUGCCCCUGGCCUUAAAGGUCAUGCCUGACAGCUGGAGACCGCUGGUGACUCACACAGUCAGGCAGUACAUGAACUUGAACAACGCAGAUCAGCUUUGCAAGUACCAGGGACCAGUUCUACUGAUCAGGAGAACCAAAGAUGAAAUCAUCACAACCACGGGACCAGAGGACAUCAUGUCCAACCGAGGAAAUGACCUACUCCUGAAACUGCUCCACUACAGGUAUCCUAAAGUGAUGACGGAUGACAGUGUCAGAGCAGUCAGACAGUGGCUUGCAGCUGGAUCGCCGGUGGAAGAAGAGUCUGUAUACGUCGGGUACGAGGUGGACGAUGACUGGUGCCUGUCUGUGCUGCAGUCCUAUCAGACAGACCGAGACGCGCCGUUCCCCUGGAGCGUCGGUGAGGACAUGGCUCUGGAAGGCAGACGGCAGCUCGCACUUUUCCUGGCUCGAAAGUACAUGAGGAAUUUUGACGCGAUGCAUUGCACACCGCUCCCCAUCUCAGAGUUUCAAGUUCCCUGGAAGCUCUAGAAGCCAGCAAGAGACCGGGAUGGAGAGACUAAACGAAAGCACAGAGAAAUCCUGGUGGAUAUUUAGUGUUAACGUUUUGAUUCUUAAUGACGUGCAUGGUUUUUUUUUUUUUUAGUAUGUAUGUUUGUUGUUUUUGUCAGUUGGGUAUCUGCAUGGUUCUUUUAAGAACCUGGUGUCAAACGAACAUGACCUGAAAGUUGUUUAGGAAUGAACCGGGUCCAUCUAUUUGUUCUCAGUCUGAUUCUCUGUUUUGUGAGCGGUCUUUAUUUAUUAUAAGCCAUGCCCUAAACUACAAACUGGAUGUAACUGUAUUAAAAAGACUUAAUAAAUAAGGGAUUUUAGUGGUC